AGCAAAGGCAAAACUAACCCUAAAAAAAUAUAAGUUGCCCGCAAUAUUCAUAUAUACUUAAAUCAAGAGCAUACUUUAUACUUUUUGGUAUUUCUCUGCUACGUCGCCGGUUGGGUACGCGGCAUGAAAAAGAUUCGCUCCUGGUGUGACGAAACUCGUGCCCCUCUCUCUCUUCGUAACUACUUGUAAGAAAGUGGGAACUUGAUUUGAGUCCUCUCGUUAUUGUGCCGCGCGUCCAGGAGCGAGACGUAGCGCAGUUUGCCAGCAAACAACCUCCUCCGAGUAAUUUUUCAGCAUGGUGGUGCCCCUGCCGCCAAUCUACAUCACCCCGGUGCCUUCCGAGUACGCACUAAAAUGUCGUCCCUGGUUCACCGUUUUCGCGUUUGUCAUGCUGGUCGAAUCCAUCCAGAAGAUGUUUCUGGAUCUCGAGAUUUUUCCGGGUUUCAUAUCAAAAUGAAAAAUCCCCCCUCCCCAUAUCAAAACGGAAAUUUGUGAUGCUCAUUUGUGACCACAAAUCAGCUUUGUAUUGCAGAGAGGCACUGCGGCCAGAUCCCCAGGCUAGGUAGGGGCGUAUGGGUCUAGUAGUUCAGCAUGGCAAACGGCCCCCCUUUAGGCCCAACAGCAUGACAAAUCGCUUCCACAAUGGGGCGGAAGCUUCUGGCCUUGUCUUCUUGCAAGACAGAUGUGAUUUGUGACCUCAAAUCCGCAACGCAAAUUUUUGGAAACAUACCUUUUCAAUAUGGGGAGGGGGGAUUUUUCCUCUCAAUAUUUCAUGGUGGCGAUCCUGGCUGGCGUGGGGUUCUACUGCCUGCGCGACAAGUCCGUCGACAUGCACUGUCUCAUGACUUGGGGUAAGUAUGUACUUGGCAGGGCGAGAUGCUUCAUUCACAUUUUUUGUCAAGCGCAAGCAUGACGCUCUGAAGUUCGCUGUACGACCCCACAGAUCUUACAUAGAGACCAUAAUUUCACUCGGUAGAAGCAACUAAAAGGGAACAGGUCGGUGGUGAAUCGAAUGCAUUAUGUUGAAGAAAUGGAUUUUCAAACUGAAUCUUAAUGCAGGCAUGGUGUGCAUGAUCAAUGGGGUUCUUACGGUGGUGUUGCUGAUUGAUCGAGUCGUGCGUCCCAUGUCCGAGCCGCUCUUCGUCACGAGCAACGACCAACUGCGGGACAAAGGCGUUUGGGUCCACAACACGAAGUCCCUGAUCCGCAUCGCAAGUCCCGUAGCGAUGUUGUGCGUCGCCGGGCUCACCUAUCGGGUAAGUACCUACUGAUCAUGCUGAUGUUUUGUACACCACGUCAACGGACGAUCUUUCUUUAUUUAUUGCCUCUAAAGGUGCUAAAGGUGACGAAUUUUAAUGACAUGUUUCUUACUUUAUGAGGUUUACAACGAGGUGAUGGAUACCCUCGACGAUAUGGCGGCAGACCAGCAGGUGCGAAAUAAUAUGAAAGUGAAAAGAGUUGUGGGCGCGCAGCGACAGAAGCGUCUUCAUGAUGUGUUUAUAUCAGAAAUAUGUGAAAAAUUCUUCAUCUACAUCUUGCUGUACGUCUGAGAUCACAGGUUUUAUCCGCAGCUGCGGAUCAAGGUUUGAUCCGCAGCAACAUGCUCGCUUGUUUAAGUAAGCAUCACAGGCGGAAGAUCACGUAUGCGAAAUUCAGCACUGCUAUGUGACGAAGACGAUGGUCAUGUUGCUGCGCAUCUACGGUUUUUCUUUUCCAAAACGAUUGCGAUACAAGAGCAGCGAGAGCAAUACGUCGCGGGGACAAAAUAUUCUUCGAAUCUCGAUCGGCUUUUUGUUGUUAUAUAAUUCUAACGACGCAUUUCCAUUUGCAUUGCUUUGAUUUUGAUGGGCGAAGGGACUUUUCUGAGAACAAUUUGAAUUCAGUAAUGAGAGCUACAAAGAACUACAAUUUGCAGAUGGUAGCUAAGUUGUGUCGCUAAAUAGACGAGUGCCGGUUCCCACAACAGCAGAAGUAGAGCGAGAUUUGUGGAAGUUUUUAAGCGAGCUAUACAGCAGAGCAGACGCAGCGGCUGAACCAACGCCAGAGCGCAGGUGCGCCACAAAAUACGAAUGCCAGCAAUACCGGCACGACGUUCACACCCUUUGGGGGAGUUGGUAAUCAAUUGGGCGGAGAACUGGACUAAAUUAGGAUCGGAAACUGCGUCUAAAGUCUUGUGCAAGCCAGUGCAGAACCAAUGUAAAAUUACUUAGUUCGGUCUGUAGUGCAACUAGUACUAGUAGACCAUUCCAAGUUGUACUAGUGCUUCUGAGCAGCUGAACAUUUGUUGUUCCCCCCACCUCUCAAACGUGUAUAAUGUAUUUCGACUGUUGCGCCUCCAUGUACCUCUCCGCAUGCAAAAACGUAUAGUUUCGAGGAUCAUGGAGAAGUGCAUUUAGCAAACUUUGUACUCAAACGGAAAGCGGAUGAAGUGGCUCCCCGGCAUCAAGCGAAAAAGGAGUACGCAAGAAGUGCUUGAAGUUGUACAAGACGUAUCUAUACUGCAUCGGAACCUGACUGGUUCCGCAUCUAACCUCUGGCAUCUUGGUGAUGUUCUGGUUCUCCUCGCUUCUUGCUGAGUCUCUGAUUUAAAAUGUUGAGUGGUUGUUUGACAGGUCCAGAUAGUUGGUAUACAACACAAAUCAUAUGAAAUACUAGACAGCGCCAGCAUUGUUCACAAACGUAGAUGUUUGAUGUUGAUGUACCUAUGUAUGCCAUCCGGACCGCUCGCUUUUAAGUUCAAGACUAAAUAGAUGCAAAUGCUCGGUUGUAUCAAAGUUGGGUUUUAUUUGUAGAACCACAGAGUGAGAUAAUCACAAUUCUCCUCUCACGUUGCGGUCGCGGAACAUAGAGCCAAGUGUUCUCCCGAAGCAUGAUUGCCGAGACAGCGCCACUCGUCGGCGAGAGAUCGGAUAAGCGGAGAAACGCAAACACACGAGGGAUGAAGUGCUUUGAGUUUCAUUUUCGACAAAAAUGAAUCGGUGACCCAUUGCGUUUGGCCCCGAGCCCGGCGAACCGGAACCCACUUCCCGUUUGCAGAGCAAGGAACCGACGGCGGAUUACCGUGAGGGAGAUAUAGAUGGAACAAAGGGGCGCCACCUCCCCACAGUGAGGCAGUUCAUUGUAGCAUCGAGGGAAGGGCUUCCUAAGUGUAAGCUGGAACCGGGGUCGGCCGCGUGCGCCAAAAGCGCGGCGCCCCGCCGAGCGAAGGUGGAAAAGUGUGGACAUCCCCGCCCAAUAAAGGCGCGCUGGUAGCCAAGAAGUGAGAGCUUUUUUUAUAGUGCGCGUUCAUCCCCGCGGUAUGCUUGCGAAAGAGUAGUAAACUCGGACCCUUCGUUUGGCCGCAGUGACGUCGUCGAUCGCAAGAAGGAAAUAGAAAAAUCAAAAAAGUCGCCCAUUUGUAAAUAUGCGCCUUGCGCUGAACUCGG